AUGAUAAAAAAGAAAGCUGUGAAUUCUGAACUUUGGGGUCAUCGACCGAACGAUCUUUGGACCCUCGCGUUCCUGCGCGAGGGUGAACUACCCCAGUCGACCACCACCAUCCAUUCUACUAACACCACCAUGCUACAUCCAAUCCCAUUUCAGCAUCGUCGACGUCAGGUUCCUACGUCUCGUAUCUUUCCUCUCUUUCACUCACUAUGUCUUUCCCAUUUUAAUCGUAUACAUCGGGCAAACACAGCAGACGGGGCGGGCCUUCUUCACCCUCGGAGACGAUCUUCCCUCUCUGCCAGACAGAAAAAAUCCCGCGAGGUUGUCUAG